AGUAGGUGAGGGGUUACAAUCCCCCCAGGUAUGUCCAAAAUGAACCAGACCAGUCUACGUUUUUAGUGUUGAGCUUUACGUGCCAUUCGUUCGUUGCUAUGAUACCGGAAAUGUUAUGCCGUUGCUAGGAUACAGCAAGACGCCGGGUUCCAUAGUAAAGUUUGGCUCCAGUUAUUCUGUCCCGUUGCUUCGGCGUCUUGUUUUCGGUGUGAACACGGCUACCUAGCUAGCAUGGAGAUUACUUAUGCUUAUACGAAGACUCGGGAGAUGUUCGGCCGCCAGUGCGUGUUCUCAGACCGCGCUGAAGAGCUGAUAGUGAACAUUCCUCCGGAUCCCGGCGUGACCCAGAUCCUCCCGAAAACCACGAAAGACCAGGCCGUGCAGUCCUGCCAGGAGAUGUCUGAGCACGAGGUAAACACACGGAGCUUUGAGACCAACAGUCGUGGAAUAAACCACCUGGAAGGAGGAUGGCCAAAAGAUAUCAACCCCAGUGAGAUGGAGCAGACCAUGCGCAUCAGGAAGAACAUCUUAAGGGAUGAAGGGUUCAUCAACAGUGUUCUGCAGCUGGGAAGUGUGAUGGAGGCCUGUGUCAAGCAGAACAACUCCAUAGACAUCUACCAGCAGGUUGCUGAUGAAGACGAGGAGGAGGAAAAUCAGGAGGUGCCAUCUGCCAGGACCAUCAGUGUGUUCAGAGAUCCUAAUGAGCUGAAACGUGCCAUCACUGGCCUGUCGUGGCAUCCUGAUGGAGGGAGGAAGCUGGCUGCAGCCUUCUCCUGCCUGAAGUUCCAGAAAAUCUCCAAGGACAUGAGCCUGGACUCCUACAUCUGGGAUAUUGAUAAUCCAAUACGUCCGGAGAUGACUUUGAAACCAGUGUCUCCUCUUGUCUGUGUGGACUACAACCCAAAGGACUCCCACAUUCUCUUGGGAGGCAGCUACAAUGGACAGAUCGCUUACUGGGACACCCGCAGAGGCAGCCAGCCAGUGGAAUACUCUUCUAUGGAGCACAGUCACAGAGAUCCAGUCUAUAAGAUCAUCUGGGUGCAGUCCAAAACAGGGACGGAUGCCUUCUCUGCCUCCACGGAUGGACAGGUUUUAUGGUGGGACAUACGCAAGCUGAGUGAGCCCACAGAGCGGUUCAUUCUGGAUCAAGGGCGAGAGGAAAAGCUGGACAGAGCUUUAGGUGCCGUCUCUUUGGAGUUUGAGGCCACAAUGCCCACGAAGUUCAUGGUCGGGACUGAGAAGGGCCUGGUUGUAUCCUGCAACAGGAAGGCAAAAACUCCAGCUGAGAAGAUCGUCUGUACGUAUGAUGGCCACCACGGACCCAUCUACGCACUGCAGAGAAAUCCAUUCUUCCCCAAAAACUUUCUCACUGUUGGUGACUGGACGGCUCGCAUUUGGUCUGAAGACAUCAGGGAAUCCUCCAUUAUGUGGACAAAUUACCAGAUGUCACACCUGAUGGACGCCUGCUGGAGCCCAGUCAGACCUGCUGUCUUCUUCACUGUGGCGUUUGAAGGUGUGCUGGACAUCUGGGACAUCUUUUUCAAACAGGGAGAGCCCACACUCAGUCUGAAGGUGUGUGACACAGCUCUGUACAGCCUUCGUGUUCAGGACAAUGGCCGUCUAAUUGCAUGUGGCUCUCAGCAAGGUGAGGCCACACUGCUGGAGAUCUGCUCUGGACUGUCAGCUCUGCAGAAGAACGAGAAGAGUCUAGUAGCUGCUAUGUUUGAGAGGGAGACGAAGCGGGAGAAAAUCCUGGAGGCCCGACAGCGGGAAAUCCGUUUGAAGGAGCGGAGUCGUUCUGAACAGAGCAGAGAUGAGGAGGUGGGGCGAGAGGAAGGAAAAGAGGACACCGAGCAGCUCACUGAUCAAGCUGAAAGAGACUUCUACAGUUUGGUGGACGCAGAGCUGAGGAGAAGAGAAAAGAGAGAGGAGGAAAAGGAUGUCCGUGAUGAGGGAGCAGUAAACGGCAGGGAUGAACCUGGGAAAGAUACCUCCUGAAAUGGUGUUUGUACACCAGAUUCAUUCCAGCUUUACUUCGCCACCAGCUAUUUACUUCUGAUGUUUAACGAUUUGUGUUUUCUUUAUUUGUUUGUUUGAAGGAUUGGUAUAUUGUACAUUUACCUCAUAGGAUACCAGGGUUAAGAAUAAAAAGAUGCAACCAAA